AUGGCACGCAAGGACCAGGCCAACGACAUCUUCGCCGGAACGUCGUUCCUUUAUGGCGGCAAUGCGCUCUACAUCGAGCAGAUGCAGGCACGCUUCGAGGAGGACCCCGCUUCUGUGUCGGCUGAAUGGCGGGAGUUCUUCGAAGGGCUGGCCGACAAUCGCGACGAUGUGAUCAAGACCGCCGAAGGCCCGUCAUGGGAACGCGAUCACUGGCCGAUCCCGGCCAAUGGCGAGCUGACAUCGGCGCUCGACGGCGACUGGGGCGAAGUCGAAGCCCACAUGAACGGCAAGAUCGCCGAAAAGGCGCAGACGGCCGGCGGCAUCUCCAGCGAGGAACUGGUGCGCGCGACGCGCGAUUCGGUGCGGGCGAUCAUGAUGAUCCGCGCUUACCGCAUGCGCGGCCAUCUGCACGCCGAUCUCGACCCGCUCGGCCUUGCGGGUCACAAGGAGGACUAUAACGAGCUGCAUCCGUCCUCCUACGGGUUCCAGGAGAGCGACUACGACCGGCCGAUCUUCAUCGAUCAUGUGCUCGGGCUCGAAUAUGCGACGAUCCCGCAAAUGCUCGACAUCCUCAAGCGCACCUAUUGCGGCACGAUGGCGGUCGAGUUCAUGCACAUCUCCCAUCCGGAGGAGAAGUCGUGGAUCCAGCAGCGCAUCGAGGGGCCGGACAAGGGUGUCGAAUUCACGCCGAACGGCAAGAAGGCGAUCCUGCAGAAGCUGAUCGAGGCGGAGGGCUUCGAACAGUUCAUCGAUGUCAAGUACAAGGGCACCAAGCGCUUUGGUCUCGACGGCGGCGAAUCCCUGAUCCCGGCUCUCGAGCAGAUCAUCAAGCGCGGCGGCCAGCUCGGCCUCAAGGACAUCGUGUUCGGCAUGGCGCACAGGGGCCGGCUGAACGUCCUGACCCAGGUGAUGGGCAAGCCGCAUCGGGCGCUUUUCAACGAAUUCAAGGGCGGUUCGUUCGUGCCCGACGAUGUGGAGGGCUCGGGCGACGUCAAAUAUCACCUCGGCGCCUCGUCGGACCGCCAGUUCGACGAAAACAGCGUCCACCUGUCGUUGACGGCCAACCCGUCGCACCUGGAGAUCGUCAAUCCGGUGGUGCUCGGCAAGGCGCGCGCCAAGCAGGACCAACUGGCGGGCGGGGCGCACCGUCCGGAGAUCGUUCCGCUGGAGGACCGCGCCGAGGUGCUGCCGCUGCUGCUGCACGGCGAUGCGGCAUUUGCCGGACAGGGCGUGGUCGCCGAGUGCCUCGGCCUUUCGGCCCUGCGCGGCCACCGGGUGGCUGGUUCGAUCCACUUCAUCAUCAACAACCAGAUCGGCUUUACCACCAACCCCUAUCUGUCGCGCUCCUCGCCCUAUCCGUCCGACGUCGCAAAGAUGAUCGAGGCGCCGAUCUUCCAUGUGAACGGCGACGACCCCGAAGCGGUCGUCUAUGCGGCCAAGGUGGCGAUCGAAUUCCGGAUGAAGUUCCACAAGCCGGUGGUCAUCGACAUGUUCUGCUACCGGCGGUUCGGCCACAAUGAGGGCGACGAGCCGGCCUUCACGCAGCCGAUCAUGUACCGGACGAUCCGCAAGCACAAAACGGCGGUGCAGAUCUAUUCCGACAAGCUGAUCUCCGAAGGCCAUGUGGCGGUCGAUGAUGUCGAGAAGAUGAAGACCGACUGGCGCGAGAAGCUGGAGAUCGAAUUCCAGGCCGGCGAUGACUACAAGCCCAACAAGGCCGACUGGCUGGACGGCAAAUGGUCGGGCCUUCAGCGCGCCGACAAUGAGGAUGAGCGGCGCCGCGGCAAGACCAAUGUGCCGCUCAAGACGCUCAAGGAAAUCGGCAAGCAGCUCACCACAAUCCCGAAGGACUUCAACGUCCACCGGACCAUCCAGCGCUUCCUCGACAAUCGCGCCAAGAUGAUCGAAAGCGGCGAGGGCAUCGACUGGGCGACCGCCGAGGCACUGGCGUUCGGCUCGAUCCUGCUCGACGGGCAGGGCGUGCGGCUAUCGGGUCAGGACUGCGAGCGCGGCACGUUUUCGCAGCGCCAUUCGGUGCUCUACGAUCAGGAGACCGAGGCCCGCUACACGCCGCUCAACGACAUCAAGGCCGGCCAGGGCCGCUACGAGGUCAUCAAUUCGAUGCUGUCGGAAGAGGCGGUGCUCGGCUUCGAAUAUGGCUAUACGCUGGCCGAGCCGAACGCGCUGACGCUGUGGGAGGCCCAGUUCGGCGACUUCGCCAAUGGCGCGCAAGUGCUGUUCGACCAGUUCAUCUCGUCGGGCGAGCGCAAAUGGCUGCGCAUGUCGGGCCUCGUUUGCCUCUUGCCGCACGGCUAUGAGGGCCAGGGCCCCGAACAUUCGUCGGCGCGGCUCGAGCGCUUCCUGCAGAUGUGCGCCGAGGACAACAUGCAGGUCGCCAACUGCACCACGCCGUCGAACUAUUUCCACAUCCUGCGGCGCCAGCUCAAGCGCGAGUUCCGCAAGCCGCUGAUCCUGAUGACGCCCAAAUCGCUGCUGCGGCACAAGCGGGCGACAUCGACGCUGGCCGAGAUGUCCGGCGAGAGCGCGUUCCACCGGCUGUUGUGGGACGAUGCCGAAUAUCGCAAGGAUGAAUCGGAGAUCAAGCUGGUCACCGAUUCCAAGAUCCGCCGCGUCGUGCUGUGCACGGGCAAGGUCUAUUACGACCUUUACGAGGAGCGUGAAGCGCGCGGCAUCAACGAUGUCUAUCUGUUGCGGGUCGAACAGCUUUACCCGUUCCCGGCAAAGGCGCUGAUCACCGAACUGUCGCGGUUCAAGAAUGCCGAGAUGGUCUGGUGCCAGGAAGAGCCCAAGAACAUGGGCGCGUGGGCAUUCAUCGAUCCGUAUCUGGAAUGGGUGCUGGCCCACAUCAACGCCAAGCACGCGCGCGUGCGCUACACCGGCCGGCCGGCCGCCGCAUCGACGGCCACCGGUGUGAUGAGCACGCACAAGGCACAGCUCGCCGCGUUCCUCGAGGAUGCGCUGGGCGAUUGA